GUUGCUCCUGGGAGACACCGACCAGAGCACAUGGCUGCAGCGAAGAGGGUGUUGCGCUACUUGUGCAGUACGUCGGGCAUGGGGCUAGUGCUUGGAGGGCGGAGUCCAGUGGUCCUUACGGGACACGCGGACGCUUCUUGGGCUGACGACCAGGCUACGCAGCGGUCGUCACAGGGUUACACCUUCAGCCUUGGUUCCAGGUCUGUCUCGUGGCGGGCUACUCGCUCGUCUUCGGUCCUCAGCUCCAGUUGUGAGGCUGAGAUCUACGUAGGGGCCAUGGCUGCACAGGAGCUUCGCUGGCUCACCUACCUGCUGACUGACCUUGGAGAGCCGCCUCGUUCUCCUCCAGUGCUGAACGUAGACAACAAAGCCAUGCUGGCCUUGUGUCGAGAGCAGCGUCUGGAGCACAGAACUAAGCACAUUGCUCUUCGCUACUUCCUUGCUCGUGAGCUACAGCAGCGUGGACAGUUGCGGCUUGCGUACGUGGCCUCUGAGGCCAACACUGCUGACGUGUUCACCAAGGCACUCGCGCCUUGUGACCAUCAGCGCUUCUGCACCCAGCUGGGUCUUGUACCUGUCUUGCCUCACUUGCUCUCCUCUUGA